CCGUCACUUCCGCCCAAUUGCAUGAAAAUGCAGGCGGCCAUAUUACUUUAGCAAACACUCAGUGAAAGCAGUUUGUUUACGCUGUGAAGUGCACGCGUUUAUUUACUCAAACUCUCUCGGUGUAACUCGUAGGUAUACUCGUGAGGAUGAGUGGUGGCACGCCGUAUAUCGGCAGUAAGAUCAGUUUGAUCAGUAAGGCGGAGAUCCGUUAUGAGGGGAUUCUUUACACUAUCGACACAGAGAACUCCACCGUCGCCCUUGCCAAAGUGCGCUCCUUUGGCACCGAGGAUCGCCCCACAGACCGGCCCAUCGCACCCAGGGACGAGAUUUUUGAGUACAUUAUUUUCAGGGGAAGUGACAUCAAAGAUCUGACGGUGUGUGAACCUCCUAAACCAACAUGCUCUCUGCCCCAGGACCCUGCAAUCGUUCAGUCGUCUUUGGCAUCUUCCACUGCACCUCCAUCAUCCUUCCAGUCUGGAAACGCUUAUGGGCUCUUCAGUCACACACCAGUCGCCACCUACAGUCAGUUUAACACCAGCCCAUUAGUCUCACCACAGUUUGGGACUGUAGGAGUCGGAAGUUCAUUGGGAUUGUUUGGUAGUGACAUGGGCAUAACGGCAGCGCUGUCUCAGAGCACUGCUAUUGCCUCUGCUUUCACCAAUGAGAUGCUAGGUCCGUUCAAAAAGGAAGGUCGCAGCAGUCCAGCACUUGACCCCCUGCGAAAGACCCCUCCAGUGGAACCUACCGCCCCAUCAGCCCCUGCAGCCACCACCUCUACGCCCACACAAGCGGGCCGCAAGAGCCCUGUGACGACUCGCCCCGCUUCCACCAGCACCCAGAAACCCGUGGACCUCUUGGAUCAAAGGAGGGGCGAGAAUUACAGCACUGAUGGCCCGAAACCAAGUGUUCAAGAGUCCAGUCAGUCCAGAGGAGGAAACAGAGAUGCGUCUAAACGGCCUGCAGUCACUGGUCCUCCCGCAGCUCGACGUGGUCAUGGUGGAGGUCACCGCGGUAGAGGACGCUUCCCUGUCAGGAGAGAAGGACCUAUGAAGUUUGAGAAAGACUUUGACUUUGAAAGCGCCAACGCUCAGUUUAACAAAGAUGACAUUGACAAAGAGUUCCAGAGUAAACUUCGACUGAAAGAUGAACCCAUUGAAGAUAAGGGCGAUUCAGGUGUGGAGACUCAGACCAGUGAAGGGAACGCUGAGGAGGAAGAUCCUCUCCGACAAAACUGCUACUACGACAAAUCCAAAUCCUUCUUUGACAACAUCUCCUGUGAUGACACAAGGAAGGCAGGAUCAGGUUUCUUCAGAAGGCAGACCUGGGCGGAGGAGCGGAGGAUGAACUCCGAGACGUUCGGGAUCCCGUUACGACGAGGUCGCGGGGGCUACAGAGGGCGCGGAGGCAUGGGAUUCAGAGGGGGCCGGGGCCGCGGAGGCAGUAGGGGGUCUUUUGGAUCUUACGGUGGCGGGAGCGGAUACAGAGGAGGAUACAGAGGAAGUCAAGGAGGAAGAGAAUUUGCUGAUUUUGAAUACAGGAAGGAUAACAAAGUAGCUGCGUAGGUGGAUUCAGAAGACCUGGUUUAUUUUGGGGAACUACAUUAUGGCUUGCACGUUUUGAUAAUGUAUGUGUUAUAAAUCUGUCACCAGCACUGGGGUUUGACUGCUUGAAACCUAGACGUAAACGCAACAUCUCUCUUAAGGAGAGGAACAAAGGCAAUUUUUUUAAUUGUUUAAUUUUGAAGAUUAUAUUUCCUGGUUAUGAUUCUAAGCUUUUUCAUAUGCUUCUCCUGUAUGUUAGCUGUAAGGUGCAGUGUAUAUAUAUGCUGUUAUUUUGAUUACUGAAUGAACUUUGGGGUUUAUUGAUACAAAGGGGAUCAAAAGGCUACUUUAAUAUCAGUUCAACCUUUUUACAGUACCAUAUUUUUCUAUGUAGUUUUAUUUUUCAAAUUCCCAAGUAGUGAUUCAGUUUUUUCUCCCAACUAUUUUGGUACGUAAAUGUUAAAUAUCUUCUCUGCGAGGUCUGAAGUUAAAUGAUUGGAGGCAAGUAUCAGUAUUGAUAGAAUUUCACAUUUUACAUUUAAUGAGAAUUAAAAAUAAAAUAAAAUGAAAAAAAAAAACUGCUAAGCUGUACAUUUUGAGGGAAAUCUUAUUUUUCAAGUACAGAAUAUCACAGUAGAUAAAUAAGGGUCUCACCUAUGCAAAGUGCCCUCAGUGCUAGCUAGGUUUAUAUAUUAUAUGAAUUUUGAGUUUAUGAGGUACACUUUGAUAUAUGUAGCACUUUGUAGCAGACGUUUGCUGAUGAGCAAAUGCCUUAAAUUAACUAAGACAAUAAUGCUACUUGGUGUAACUAUAAAAAUGUUUGCUGCAGUUACUUUCAUAUUGGAUUCUUAUCACAUUUGAGCUUUAAUUUUUUUUGUCAUGGGAAAUUUAAGCGUACAUUUGUCAUACUCACUUCGUUUCAGUAGGGGGACUGCUAAUGUUGAUUCAGAUUUAAAGUUUUGUCUAAUGCUAGCAGAAAUCUUGGCAACUCUCUGAAGUUUUACAUACUUAUGCGAUAGCACUACCUUUCCAGCGAAUGGUGUCUUCUACCCUUGUAUUUUUAAUGUGAAAGACAGAAUGUGAUCACUUUAGUUUAUCCAUCUCGUCCAGCUGCUGUUUUUAUGAUCUUUAGUUUCAUUAGAUCGUCUACCUAAAGGCAUGCAAUCACUGACUGCACUAGCAUGAUGUCAUGAGAGCGGAUGUGUGCAUUGUGAUGUCAUCAAAACACCACCUUCACUCUUGCUACUGAUUGGGUAUUUAAUUUUGUGAAAUCUGAUUUAUCUCCGUCUUGCAGUGGAUGACGUUGGUAUAUAAUAACAACAUGCAUUUGAUUUAACGGGUUGUGAAACAUUUUUCAGUUAGGUUUCAUUCAAUUUUUUUGUGGGUUUUUUGUGCAUUUCGUCCUUCUAAAGUUGAAAAGCUUUUGACUGGCCUGUUUUUCUUGUCUGUCAGUUCAUUUUAGAUCUGGAUGUCUUGAGUUGUGGGCAUCACGGCUCAAUGCAUUUUGUCUUGUUAAAUAUUUUGAUAAAUGUUGGCAUAUAUGUGUAAAGUUGAUUAUACAAUAAACGUUGGUUUUGAAUUAAAGAGCAUUUUAUAGUGCUUGAUAAGUGCUUGAGAUCUAAAACCUUUUAAAUUUUGCAUCUUUUUGAAAUACUUGUGCUGUUAAGCUUUUAAGAUUUAAUGAUAUUUUGUGCACCGUUUGCCAUGUUAAAAUCUGACUCGAUUUAGUCUUUGUUUGAAGACACUUGACAUGAAUUGGGAGUUGAAAAGUGGGACACAUGUAUAUUGUGUGCUAAAAAUAUACUAGUCAACAUUUGAAGUGGAUCAAAACCUUUCAUAAAAGUUGUCAUAAAUUUUGAACAAUACUUGUUCUUAUCCACGAACAUUUUUGAUCCACUUUAAAUGUUGACUAGUGUAGUUAUGAACACAUGCAGGAAUGUUUUCCGACCAAAAGUCCCAGCUAGUAGUAUUGCUACUAUUAUUUCAAUAUCCAAAUUUCAAUUUUGUUCUCAAAGGUUUGUCCAUUGUUGGACACCCGUGUAUGCAGCUCUUCAGAAAUCAUGUUAAGGCAGUGCUUGUGGGGCAGAUACAGUGUUAGCCUGUUUGGGUAAAGUCUUGUGGUAUCAUCAACACAAUCUUCCCAACAGGGAUGACAUGUUUCUUUUGAAUCCCAGCAUGGUAUCUGUAAAGAGGUUUUUACAAAGUGCAAGAAUAAACUGUUUACUGUC